AUGGCGUCUACGUACACGCUACUUGCCGACCUGAGAGCCAGGCGAUGCUCUAACACCGCGGAGGUCCGUCUGUUGAGAUUUUGGGAGGCAAGAAACAUCAACAAAGGCGGGGAGCUUAUGAGCGUUGAUAUGUUGCUCCUCGAUGAAAACUCAACGCUGGUGCACGGAUCUGUUUCGGCACUUCGCCAGCUCAGGUUCAGACAACGUCUCACCGAAGGCUCUGUCUACAAUCUAAGCGGAUUCGACGUGGCCUGGAACAGCCCCAAAUUUCGAUUAUCUGAUGGGCCUGUCUCAAUUUGUUUCAAUGAAGAAACAGCUUUUGAGAAAACGAGUGUAAGGAACAUACCUACCGAACACUUCCGCUUCCGGUCAUACGACCAGAUACUGGAGCUAGCAAAUACCGGCAAACAACUCCCGGAUGUAAUGGGAGAGCUUUGUGCAAUUAGGAGCACAAUAACCGACCGGAUACCUGGAGCACAGCGUGUUAUGCUUACCUUGCGUCUCGAAAGGGAUUCAACCAUCCGUGUUAGUCUGUUUGAUUCUUUGGCACUUGCCUUCCAUAGCAAGCUCGACUGUUACGGGAGAGAGCCAAGAAUUGUUAUCGCCACUGGCAUCAAUCCUAAGAUGGUUGCAGGUGGUGGGACAGAUCAGUCAGCGUCUUCAUCAAAAGUAGUUCAGGCACAGAAGACUGAGCCCAUACACGUUUGUGAGCUUAACCAAUUUGUUGUCACUGCUGAACCUCAGAUCAUUGAGUUCCUCUGCACGGCUAAGGUGACUGAGAUUCAGAUAAGUGAGGGCUGGAGCAGAACCGAAUCUUCAAUCCACUGCGGUAGGUACCGUGUGAUAGUCUCUCUUUCUGAUGGCACUGGCACAGCGGCUUUCCUUGGGUUUGAUACAGAAGUCGCUAAACUGACUCAUGUUCUAGCUUCUGAGGCUGCACAAAUCGUGGGUGUAGGUGCUACUGCUCAGGUCGAUGUUGAUCUGCCUUGCUCACUCGCUGAUAUUGUGGGAAAUACCUAUACUUUCCAGCUCAAGUUGAAGUACUUCAAUUUUUUUGCAAACCACCAAACUUUUACCAUUUCUCGCAUAUUCCCUGCGCAGGAGCUUGCGCCCAUUCCAACUUUAGAGGAAGGUGCAGAUGUUACCGAGCCAGCGCUUCUUCAGAAUGUUGCAGCAGCACCAGAAGGUAUAGCUGCAAUCACGUCCAGCGUUGCAGCGCCUUCCCCCGAGGCUGAUGGUACUUUUUCCCAGCGUGAGGAACUAGCUGCGGAGGAAGCUGAUCUGGCAGGGAAUGCCAGUAAGAAAGCACGUGUGGAAUGA